CUAAUCCCCUCCAUAUCAUGUGAUUCAGGUGUUCCAAUCCCCCAUAAAUAUCAUGUGAUUCAGGUGUUCCAAUCCCCUCCAUGGACAAGGUGUAAUCAAGCCCCUUUCAUGCAGACUUCUUAUAAAACAUUGGUGAAAGAAAGAAGGGUCGCUCUCAGGAGCUCAGUGACUCCAAGCGUGGUCCCAUGAUAGGUGGGACCUGUGCAAUAAGUCCAUCCGUGACAUUUCCUGGCUACUGAAUAUUUCACGCUCAAAUGUUAGUGGGAUUAUAACAAAGUGGAAGUCACUGGGAACAACAGCAA